AUGGAGCCCAGGGCUUCCAGCCUUGUGUUCUGGACCUCGCCAAACCUUGAACUCAAGGUCCAUCAUGCUGAACAAUCUGUUCACGGAUGCUGGUUGUUUAAAGCCACUUGGGGAAGGUUACAGGCAUACAAAGAUGAACAGGGAAUAAAGGAACUGCUUGUGUUUCCCUCAGGAGUGAUGGGUCAGGAGCAGCUGCAGGUGAACCAGCCUGACAAGUCAGUGUCGGUGGCAGCUGGACAGACGGCCACUCUGCGCUGCCUCCUGAACUCCCUGCUCCCUGUGGGCACUGUCAAAUGGUUCCGGGAGACAGCCAAGGACCGGGAGGAGAUCUACAAUUUCCGAGGAGGCAACUUCCCCCGAGUGACAGCUGCUUCAGAUGCCACCAAAAGAGACAACAUGGACUUUUCCAUCCACAUCCACAACAUGACCCCGGCUGACACUGGGACCUACUACUGUGUGAAGUACCGGAAAGGAGACCCAGAGGAGAAAUUCAAGUCUGGAGCAGGAACCCAGGUCACCGUGAAUGGCAGCUUGUCAGGACACCUUUCUAUGGCUCAGAGGAAACUCCCAGUCACUGAAAGUUCUGAGUAA